CAGAUGGCGAUGGUGAGUGACCGCAGAUGAGCAGCCCUGGCACUGCCCUCCCUCCCGCUUGCUCCACCAUGGCGGAGCGCGCCGCCUCCCCUGAGCCCCUGGAAGCGGGGCACAAUCCAACUUCCUCCGAGCUCGUCCCGGCCUCUAAUGUAAAAAAGGCAAACAUGGCAUCAACUUCCCAGCGGAAAAGGGCGAGUCCCAAGCCUGAGCUUACGGAAGAGCAGAAGCAGGAGAUCCGGGAAGCGUUUGAUCUCUUUGAUGCAGACGGCACUGGGACUAUAGAUGUAAAGGAACUUAAGGUGGCGAUGAGAGCACUGGGUUUUGAGCCCAAAAAAGAAGAGAUCAAGAAAAUGAUUAGUGAAAUUGACAAAGAAAGGACAGGAAAAAUGAACUUUGGUGACUUUUUGACGGUGAUGACCCAGAAAAUGUCCGAGAAAGAUACCAAAGAAGAAAUCCUGAAAGCUUUCAAGCUCUUCGAUGAUGACGAAACUGGGAAGAUCUCAUUUAAUAAUCUCAAGCGUGUGGCCAGGGAACUGGGCGAGAACCUCACUGACGAGGAGCUGCAGGAGAUGAUUGAUGAAGCAGACCGAGAUGGAGACGGGGAAGUGAGCAAACAGGAGUUUCUGCGUAUCAUGAAAAAGACCAGCCUCUACUAAGCCCAGUGUCUUCAGCUCCACCACAGGCACAUGCAGAUUUAGAGCCUUCUGUUGUGUGAAACCUGGCUUUUAGGAACACAGCCCCCACCCCCACCCUGCCCCACCUUGUAGAACCCAAGUGACAACCCUGAAUCCCCUUUCAGCUUUUGAAAAUACUCUCUGAUGUGAAAGCUCUUCGUAAUAAGGUCUGCUGGGUCCCCAAAGCAGUCGAGAGUACAAGAGAGUGGAGAGGGUCCCACUGCUCUCCCCACACCCUGGCGCCUUCCUGCACUUUGUGUGUUCCACUCGGGUGGCUUCUCUCACAAACACAGGUGAGGCUGGGUCCCCACAGGUAGGGGACAGGUCUGCAAUGGUUUCAGUUCUGACUGCGACCCGAGUGUAGUUUUGUCUUUUAUAAAGCUUAGUGAAUCUCUCUCGCCUUUGGACGUGUUUUUGUGUGACCAGUUUUGUCUUACCAAUAAAGUCUUCUUUAUUUUGA